UUUAAAGGACCAAAGGUUUGAUAUAUUGUCAUAUCCUUUCCUGGUCGACGACGACACACCUGCAGAAUGUCUUCGCCGACGGAGAGUGCACUGCGCGAGUUACCCUCGUCUCGCCCAUCCCAACAUCUAGGAGUGGACUCUCAGCUGCAGAGGAACAUUUCUUACCUGGGGAAGCAUCAAUUCGCGCCAGCGUCGCCCGAGCAGCAGCAGCGAGGUGCUCCUGAUCUCACCAAAAUUACCUUAAAUAAAUUACUCGGUAGAAGUAGGACGAAACCGAGGCCACCCGCCACUCUCAAGCAACUGGAGACUCAGCUGAACGAGUUUUUCAGGGUCAAUCAGCUAAAUAUCGCUGUCUCGGAGACUACGUCCAUUAGGAAGAUUCUUGCUAUCGUCUGCAUCGCCAAUGGCAAAGAACUCGAAGCCUGCUGUCACCUCAUAGCAUCCCAUGCAAAUUGUUUACGGCAACAGAUUUUCCUCAGACACUUAAAAUCAAAACUCAGGGCUGACAUAAUUAAGCAACCAAUGGUUUUAAAUUUAGAUCCCAAUCACUUGGAUGUCGAUAAUCGUUGUUCAAUUACCAGUUCCAAAACAGUGAUGUCUACUGUUAAAAAACUACCAUCAGAGUGGUACGUGGUACAAGUAACAGCAGUGCAUGAGCCCUUGAAGGACUCGAGGCAUAGAAUUCAAAAUGAGGAAUAUUCAUAUUUGUUAAAACCAACUCAUGGUCUUCAUUUAGUUGUCAUUCCAACAGGGGAAAAUGCCAUAGAUCCAAUUUGUAUCACUGUGCCAAAGCCUGAUGGAGAUUCUUCGUAUGACUUGCGCACAGAGAUUGAAAAAUUAUUGAAUAACAAUAAAUCUGAUUUAACUGCUGUAUAUUGCAAUAAAGAUUUAUAUUGGAAAAUGCGUAAAAAACAAAAUGACCAGAUGAGUAUUGCGAUUCAAGAACUAGAGUGUUCUUGGUUGAAAGAAUGGAAAAUUCUUUUUCAAGCAGACUAUAUCGAUAAUUUGGAUUUAGUGCAAGAUAUUCACAGUAUGAUCGACAAGCUUAUAGCAGACGAUAAUACUUCUAGAAAAACCAUAUCUCAAAGAACACGCUGGCUUUUAAAAAAAAUUGCUACUAGUGCUUGGUAUUUGAAAUCUUUUGAAAUUGAAAGAGCAGUGAAGUAUGUUUUACCAACACAAAAGAAGCUUGCGAAAAAUAUUAUUUUAUCAAUCAUAGCUAAAAACAAAGUAAUAGAACCCUUGAAGGAUGCAAAAAGAAAAGUAUUGCUUUUAAUCCUGGACGAAUGCUUAGAUCACAUUUCAUUUGAGUCAAUGCAGUUGCUGAAGCAUCAGCCAGUAACGAGAUUUCCAUCAUUACACAUUUUAUAUGCUCUUUUUGAACAGCAUAAAAGUUCGAUCAAGAAUGGUUACAAAAUUGUUCAUCAUAGUGAUAAUAUUGGCACUUUUAUUGUAAAUCCAUCUUUAGACCUAAUGCACAUGGAAACUAGGAUUAGAUCAUUCUUAAAUCAUUGGCUACCUAAGUGGGAGGGCUUGUAUGGAAUUAAACCAGACAUUGAAUUUUUCAAAAAAGCUCUUAUGCAGCAUGAAAUAUUAAUGUACAAUGGGCAUGGUAGCGGUGUACAAUUUAUGAAAGGCGAGGAUAUCGAAAGGAUGCGAGUUAUCGCGUCAGUAUUAUUAUUUGGUUGUAGUAGCUUAAAACUCUUACCUGUUGGAGGUCGACAAGCACCAUAUGGAGUAUCGUAUCAGUAUUUGAUGGCUUGCAGUCCAUGCAUACUGGGAAUGUUGUGGGAGGUAACAGACGGUGAUAUUGAUAGAAUGACUGCAGAAUUUAUGAGCAAGUGGAUUCCAUCGAAAGUGAAGAAGCCAUGGUCAGAUGUAGAUAAAGUUUCAUGGAAUCGAGGGUUAAUUGAAUACACAAAUAAAGAUAAAAAAUUGACGAGAACCAUAAUUGAAAACGAACAGGACAUGCUCCUCGCUGUGGCAAUAUCGAAGGAUGUGUGUAAGCAAUUUAUGACGUCAGCUGCCAUUGUUAUGCGUGGAUUGCCCAUAAAAUUAGUCGAUUAAUUUUGAUACAAAUAUUUUAAGUCGAGAAAAAUCAAUUGAUUUACAUUGUUAUUACUGUAGGAAUUUUAUGUACCAUUUUAUAUUGAAUUUUGAUAAUUUUUGUAUAUUUUUUUCCUUGAAAACCAUAGCUUUUGUAAGAUGUACAUAUAGAAACUUUUUGUAAUAGAAAUUUAAUUUUGUAAAUAUACCGCAUUGUAAGUGUAAUUUAAAAUUAUUUAUUUGUAUAUUGAUUUAUUUAUUGAAAUUUACGAUUGAAAUUUGUAGAAACAAAAAGGAAAACAGAGUCAUUCAA